AAUUUAGGGCCAUUUCUUCUCUGAAUUUUCUUAAUAGGUAUUGUGCUGAAAGCAGCCGUUCAGUCAGGCGCUAGUCUAUCGCAACGAGGAAAUAUGCUGAGUGAUGUUUCCCCAAUAAAGGGAAUUAAUAGGUUCCCUGCUGUCAUGCUUGUCGUAUUCGUUUUACUCGAUUCGUGAAAAAUCCAUCGGGAAAAGGCCCGGGGGCGGCCCAACAUCAUGGUCCUGCUAAAUUAGAAAGAGGAAUGGGAAAUGCCCACAUCCAUGUCAGAGAAGAUAUGCACAUCAUAAUAGCCAGAAAUCCCUCAAUUGUUUGGGAGUAAAACAGAAUGCCACAUCAAAAUGAGAGUGAGUAUGCCUCGGUACUUCAGCAGCUUCGUGAAACCACAAAAUCUGUCUUGAAUGACUUGCAGCAACUGAAGACCAACCCACUACUUGCCAGUUCCUCCACAAGCUGCCAGUAUGUGGAUCACAUUGCCAGUAAGACGCAAGAGGUCAUUCAGAUCGUGGACCAGCUUAGCACCAGAGCUAGACACAAGGAGACAAAAUCUUCCAAGUACAGGGAUGCCUCAGCAGUGACCAUGCCAAACAUCUUACAGAAUGUCUCAAUGCAGCAAUACCACAACAUGGAAGUGUUUACCAAGCAAGUUUUAGACAUAGUUGAGUUAGGCGCUUCCUUCAACUUGCCCGUGGUGAAGUCUUCUCACCAUCAUGCCACAGACGGAGACGGUCACAAACAGGGUCACAAACACAUUGACAGACGCAUACACAGAUCCCACCACCCCCACCGUCACAAACACAGUAUGUGGUGCCAGCGAUCCUAUCACCAUGUGGUCCCUACAUUGGAAAGCUGGAUCCAUUUAUUGGCUGAAGCCCGAGACAAGACGCCGUCUGUUGUCAAGGCACGCAUGGACUCAGAGCAUGCCAAGAUGGUUGCCCACUUUCAGAGGCUGUUCGACGUGCCAACAGAGGGCGGUGUGUACACCCGGAUGAACGAGCUGUACUCGCGGGUAGGCGAGAUGCAGAAUGUGCUGCAUUCUCUCAGGGAUGUCCUCGGUCUUGAUGAGGCUGCCUCAACCAAUAGCAUCGUAACAGCAACUACACAGCUUUGCGAGUUAUACUCAAGCUCUACUACGCACCUGCUGGGCCAGCUUCUCCAGCAAGAACAUCUUGACAGGGUUAUCUCAAGAAUGGAGCAUUAUCGAAAGUUCUUCCCCAUUUUUGACUCCAUGGUGAAAGAUCUGAUGGAGAUUCUUGGGGUUGUGUCAAUGGAUAGGAUUGUACCAGCCGUGAGGGCGCUAAAACUACUAGCCUCUUGAACCGUCGUCAUUUUGAAACACUUAAAUGUGGCUUGGUUCUUGUAGAAGUAUUUAUGACUGAAAAACCUCGAGGAUAGUGCAUUGGCGCUGAUAGAAAACGUUGUGGAGACAGGCCCCAAAAUUUUCCUAAACAUGUUCAUUCUGAAAGUGGCCGAGAACCAGUUGUGAGCAGUGUACAUUGCAAGGUAUUUUAGCUGGCAGCCCGUUCUCACUAAGCCAAUAUUUUCUUGCAGUAUAAAAGCAACUGUCUUUGCUUAAACGUUUGUGGAUGUUUGCCUGGGUCAGGUAGUUUUCGGAAAGUGUCAUUCCUUUUUAUGCAACUUCUUGUCACUAUGAGCAGGAAACAAUGUAAAAUGCAUCAGUUAUUUAAAUGUUUUGUUCAUUUCCAUUGUCCAUAAAAUUACCAUGCAUCUGCCAUGAUUUUGUUUUACAGAGAGAGUAUUUGUCCACAACCAAUUUGGGGGAAACUUACCAUUGUAAUUUAUGUUUGUAAAUGUAUUCAUGAAAUAUUGAUAAUUUGAUAUGGUCAUUCUAUUAACAGUUAGCUGUGAUUGCAGGAGACUUUGUGUAACUUCUGAAAUGAUACAAGAACUGGACCUCUUGUUUUGCCUUUUUCACACACAAAAAGUGGUGUAUGAGUAAUUUUGUUUUCCAAGUUUGGCAGAUUAGAGAAUUGAUCAGUUCUGAUGAUGCUCACCUUUUUGAUGUUCUUUAGUUUUGGAGACAAUCAUAAUAUUCAUUGUAAGAAGCUAAAAUGUAUUAUCUGAACUUAUUAAAAAAAAAUUAAUAAUUGCUCCAAAUCCACAGAUCGAAAGCUCAAUUGUUCAGUGUAAGGAAUUUUAAUUCAUUCUUGCAAUAACAAAUACAUUCACAAUAUAUAUUUCUUGUUCAGUGUUAUACAUUAAUUUUGGAACUUUUUGUGAGAGUGGAAGCUGUCUUUGAAGGUCCACAGUCACUUGCCCAAGAUUUUAGACUCCAGUUUUAUGUAUUUACCUCUGAGCUCAGUGUCUUCUUUUUUGAAAUUUUAUAAUUAACAUCGUAACAAGUAAUAGCAAUUAAUCGUUUACAAUUUGUUUUAAUCGCACAGUGAGAAAGGGGCAUUGUUGUGAUACACACUAUAUUGUCACCUGUUUGUAAAUUUGCCACGCUUGUUUAAACUGUUACAAAGUGUAACAUUUGCCUACUAUGAAUUUUUGCCUUGUGUUAAAUUAUUGAGCUGCAAUAAAAUGAAAAAUAUGGUUUCUUGAAGAAUAAA